AGGCAACAUGGAACAUUUAUACAUAAGUUAUGAUUUGCAAGGAAUAUUCAGGUUUCCUGCAUAGCCAACCUAGUGCCUGUAAAGCAAAUGCAUUUUAUAGUGGUGAUUGGUUAAUGUUGGUGCCUCUAACAAACAAACUGAGAGUGGGGUCUGAAGCGCAGUCUGCACACACUCCAGCUUCUAACCCAACCUAGGCAAUCGCAUGAACGCGACAGCCAAUCUCAUACAACUGGGGAAACUAAGCAGCAACCACUUUCAGCCCACCGAGCUUUAAUGCCCAUCGCCUGCUUUGUCACCCUUGAAAUCCUGUAGAUUUUCGCAGCAAACAUGGCCGACGCGCAAGAGCUCCUCGCCUUUGCCAAGGAUUACUCCAGCAAGAACAUCGAUCUGUACCAACUACUAGACAUCGACUCCCUCAAAGCAACAGAUGCGAACGAAGUAAAGCGCGCCUACCGAAAAGUCUCCAUCAAAUACCACCCCGACAAGCUCGGCGACAAGUUCGACCCAGAGAAAUGGCAGCUCCUCGAGCGCGGCCGCGAUGUCCUCAUGGACAAGCCAGCCAGAGACGCCUACGAUGCAGCCCGUAGCGCGACCCUCAGAGAGCAGGAGCGUAGGAAGACCAUGAAUGCGAAGAGACAGGCCGCCAUCGACGACCUCGAGGCCAGGGAGAGGGGCGAGGACCCAAAGAGGCAGCGGAGAGAGGAGAAUAGCGGCAUCAACGCCGCAGAACGCCAGAGUUUGUACGAACAGGGAGCCCGCCGUAUGGAGAUGCGCAAGCGCGAGUUGGCUGCAGCCGAGGAAAGGGAGCGCUUGAACAAGCCACACCAGGAAUCAAUGGAAUCAGUAUCAGCAAGGCAACCUCAGCCGAAACUGCAUCAACAGACUCCCCCCGUUCCAGCUUCGCCAUCAGUCCAGAACGAUGAGGACGACCCAGAGAUUGCAGCACUUCAGAAGAGAAUCCGAGAGGCGCAGGAGAAGAAGGCGGCAAAGGCCGCGAGGAAGGCUGAUAAGGCGGCACGAAAGGGUGGCGAACAAGUGCCACCAAUCGUCCCAGGACCACAGGCUCAAGAAACACCUAUCAAGAACCCCAUAACUACCACAACAGAACCACAGGCUGACACAAAGAAGGUGUUUUCGUUCACUACCCCUGCCACCACUGCGACGACAUCGACAGCGCCAAAGAGCGACUGGGCCUCCAUCAAGGAGAGGUUGAAAACUGCACAAGCAGAACGAGAAAAGCGCAAAGCCGAGCAGGCCGCAUCUACUGCCGCAUAAUGACACGAUAUGAACGUGCCGAUUCCGUAGUUUAAUAUAUGAUACCCAAAUCUUGCGGCAGAAAUAGUACGUAACAACCCGUCUCAUUGCAUGUUCUAUGAUUUGAUUUCUAUUCAAUAUUUCCAGAUCGCCGUUGAAAAUUACUACUGCAUCACU